AUGGGAUUUUUGAGUGGUGUUCUCAGUAACAUCAAAGAGCAUUUAGGGCAGCAUAGAGAUAUUAUUCAGCCUGCAAUUAACAUACUUAACAAAAAUAAACACGGCGGUAAAAAAGGUUUUAAUGCUGCGAUUGAAAGUGUGGUUAAAGGGGUGCGGGGGUAUAAUGAGAGUGUUGCUGGCAGUAAUAAAAAGGUGAGUGAACCGAUGACUCUCAUACUUUCGCAGGUGAAUGAAGGGUUCAAGAGAAGUGUAACCGAGAUACUACCGCAAGAAACACUUUCUAAAGCCAAGGACUUCCAGGUCAGCAGCGCCGUAGAGAAGAUCGACAAGCUGCUUCAACAAUGUCAGAAGCACGCAGCGAAAUUUAAUACUCAGUUGAACAUUGACAAUACCGAUAAUAUAAUUAAAAACGCGAUCAAUGAUCUUAAUAAUGACUUAUCACUUAGAGUUAAGAAUUCCAUUAAGAGUGUUAAGUAUGAGACCGACCGAAUGAAUAGAAUGGCAGAGAGCCGGCAAAAUGAGUUGCAGGAAACGACAGCAAAGAUUAAAUCUGUAUUUUCCAACGUCGAAAACUGCAUAAAUAACAAAGUUCGUGAAGAUAUAGAUAAACUUGUCAAUGACUUAAAGUCGAGGGUGCAGAAAAUCUUAGAGCAGCUUAACAUCAUUAGUGGCAAGCUAAAGGGGUACGUAAGUGAGCUGCAAACGUGGAUUGACUCAGUCACGACAGUCAUAAAGUCGGCUUUGGAGAAGGUUGAAUCUCUACUGAAAGAGGUUAACGAAGGCGAUUCAGGUAUGAAGCCGCAUAAGAUUAAGGAAGCGGCGAGGGAGAUCACAGCAGCGGUAUUGAUACUACACGGCGCCGGCGAGGUGGCAAUACAGCAAGUUAAGGAUAGUGUUAAUACGGCGCUUGAGCAGGUGAAAGAGAUGGACGGAAAGCUCAAGGAGGAUUUGAAGAAAGUGAAGGAUGCUGUUAGCAGGCAGGUGGAGGAGAUUAAGACGGCGAUUGGGAAGUUGUACAAUAAAAUAAAUCCAGAUCACGUGGGGGAGAUAACAGAGGAACAGAAAAAAAUCGAAGCGGUCGUCAAGCAUAUUCACAGUGAAGUCAGAGCGAUAGACGGUUCCGGAGGGAACGCACGAAGAACAACAGUAACCGCAACAGGGCUCGCAGGCAUAGUAAGUGGAGUAAAGUGGACAUAUGCUACGAAAUUGCAGAGUAGAUUUACUGAGGCUAUUCAGCAAAUGGUUCAGAAGUUAGCGGACAGCGGUGCUGUCCGAAAGUGUUUGAGUGAGCAUAUUACAUGGAACCAGGAUUAUUUCAAUAAACCCCUAAAUAACGAGAAAAGCCUGCCCGGUAAAAUAAAAGAGUUAAGUAAGAUUGUUAGCAGCACAAUUACGAAUAAGAUACAGGCAAUAACUCCAUCGCCAACACUUGGUUCCCAGCCAGCUGUUGACGAAGUUUUGGGAGGCAUUCAGAUGUAUCUCUCACAAAUAUGCCGCGCUGUCGAUGGUCAGGAAGAUAGUGUUCAGACUGACAUUGAUAACGAAUUGCAGAGAGGAACGUUCCAAUUACGGAAGCCGUCCGACAGAUACAGUGAUUACUACCUUAAGCAGGCCAUCCAGAAUAUUCUCAUUGCAGUGAACGCAGCCGUCGGAGGAGCUGCAGAGGAAUUCGGCAGAUUCAAAAAUGAUUCACAGAUCACUAACUUGGGACCGGCGUUGGCUGCCGCUGAACGUAUUGAAGAUAGGUUACGCCAGUCAUAUGCCAGAGCUCAAGGGGAAAAUGGUCCCGCCGCCGCCGUCGACUCCGCGAUCACGGAGGUGACGAGAGUCCUUGGGGAGAAGUUAAAAAAGGAUGACAGCGAUCCAGCAAGUGAUCCUGCAAAAGUGAAGAUGGAUGCUAGUAUAUUCACUGGUUACACAACGUGCGUCGACCAAACACCAGGCAAGUUAAGCGGUGACAUUGACCAGCUAGCAGGCACCCUUCCGGAGAAGAUCAAAGAUAUUAGGGAGAAAGUUAAGUCUGCUUUGAAUAAAAUCGACAGUGAAAAGGAAUACGCAGUAAAGGAAUUGGAGAAAGUCACUGCCACUCUUCAUGACCUCUGUCAGUUAGUUAAGAGUGACGGCGAAUUUGCGAAGGGGAAUCUGAUCAGUUUGAGAGACAAGUUCUUCAACAAGGCUGAACAUGUGAAGGAUAGCAUUAAUAGAAUCAGAUAUGAAAUCAGUGAGCUAGGUAACAAAGAGUUGAAUGACGUCAUCAAAAAGGCUACCUACUUCCUAAGUAGCGCUGAACCUACCGGUAAGGCUACGAUCACAGCGAUCGGAUCUUUUGUCAGCUCAAACGUCGAAGAAGCCCAGAAGGAUCUCAUCACCAAGAUCAACAAGAACUACGUCACUUCGGUGCAAGACAUGCUGCUAGAGUUUGCGGAAAAAACCAAGAAGGAGUUGGAGCUUCUACCUAAGGAAAUCACCGACGAUCUGGACAUCGGUUACAAGGGGUUCAUGAAGAAAUUUGAGAAGCACUUCGUAACGCACGAAAAGUCAAUCAAGACCAUCAAAGACAUAAAUCCUAAGCCCGUUGCGCAAGAAAAAUCACCAAUGAGUCAGGCGGCAGCAAAGUUCUUUGGAAGCCUAAAUAGGUUUUUGCAUGAUCUAGAGAAGCAGCCGGACUUCAAAACGGACUAUGAAAAAAUUAAGCCAACACGUGACGCGCUGGCUAAGUUGUUCGGAGAUCUUGUCACUUCGGAGUACUUCAAUCACGAGUUUUCUCGAAAUCUAUCGGCGCUGAAAGUAACGCUCAGUGAAUUGAAGCCUUCAUUAUAUGGUGAAGGGAAUACCCCUUCGCUUCUCAAUGCUCUGAAGAACGGUUUCACGACUUCGGCAACGGAGCUCAACAAUGCGUACAUCUCGACCUACGACAGUGAGAGGUUUGGUGCUGAGCUCGUCGAAAAAGAUAAACUAACAGCGUACGGAACCAAGUUAAGUAAGGUCUGCUUGACCGUAGUUUCGACGUCAUACAAUGUGUUGAACACAGUGAGGAAGUACUCCGGUACCAUGUGGAGGUCUGACAAGAUAAAUCAAUCGACACCAAUCGGACACUUUCUCGGCAACAACGGAUACGUCGUAUCCAAGGACAUACAAGACGGCCAGUUGCGGAACGGAGAUGGUAUGCUAGGCUGGCAUGUUUACAAAAGCCUCGUUAAGAAUGCCGAUGGCCGUGUCUACAGACAUCAUGAUGCUGAUAAGGACAACGGUCCACUUAAAACUCUGCACAACUGCCUCGAAACAUAUUAUGAAGUCUGUCACCAGUCCACUUUCGCUUCGAAGCGACAGCCAUCCUCCGUGUUCGAAAUGCUGUGCUGGUUGUGUGGGUUGCCGUGCAAUUCUGUAUAUGAAGCUUUGUUGCGUGACACGAUGAGUGACUUAUUCGAGGACCCGAAGAAGCAGACGACGGAGGCCGGCGAGGACCAUGAGUUCACGCUAGUCACGCCAGAUGCAUUAUGCCUGAACGCGUACCCGAGUAACAUCACGUAUGGCAAUAGCGUAAAGGCAGUGCGCCACCUUUGUCUGAGAUCCUACGAUCUGCUGACUGCAAUCCUCGGCACCGGAGACGCGUACUCCAUGUACGCCGUCGACUUUUGCAACAACUCGCAUAAUUUCUAUUAUCCGCAGAAAGGCGACGACUGCCUACAAAUGCUGCUUGACAUCCUCCGUAGUUUAUUGCCAUCGCUCAACUUCUUGCACAGCCAGUGUAAGUUGACUGCCGAACAUCGCGGUUGGUCCGACUGUUGGUACGGUAAAGGCGUACAGUCAUCCAAAUCGCAGUGUAAUGAUCACUCAACGGGCAAAGCAGCGUGCCAAGCAGAUGGUCAACCAAAGUGCCAGGCAACGUGUCAACCAACGUCGCCACUUCAGUCGUAUUUGUCCGAUUGCCUUACCGGCCACUUGCCUCACCAGGUAAGCAGCAUCGGUUGCAAGGCCAAAUGUGCGACGUGUCCUAAGGGCCUCCCUGGCCAACCGUGCAUUACUCCUCUGGGCUUCCGUGGCUUUUCAGGUGGUAUGAAGACAGGUGAGGACCUAUGCAAAGCGCUGACUAAAUUCUUCGUCAAUGUCCAAUAUUCAUCGUUGCUUUGCUUGAUGCCCAAACCGCCGUCUACAUUACCAGAGCACUUCCAGUUUGUAUCUACAUUAGCGCGCGUGCUGGAGAAUAGCAAAGGCGUCAACGACAGUGCAGUCAAAACAGCAUUUGAAACGGCCACCAAAGAGAUGUCUAUCGAACUGUACAAUGAUACUAGUGACUUCACGAAUGCACUUCGCAAUGCAUAUCACAGCCACCGUCCAGACGGCCAUAAAACAUACUCAGAAGCCGACCUGUCCACGCUUUCGGUAUCAACGCCAUGUACGUUUGCUAGUAGCGAUAAGAUUCAUUGCGCUCCUUAUCUCAGAGCUCUAUGCGACGAUUCAUAUACCUAUCUCGCCGAGAAGCAUUCAGAACUGUAUUUCUCAUGGGCUCUCUAUUUACCAUUGGCAUUGUACGAUUGCCUGAAAUCACUGCUGGACUCAUUCGGCAAUAUUUCCUGCCGCGACUGGGGAUGCAGUCGUUGUACUCAUGGAACGAAAUGUUCUCGCGGUAAGCACGGCAUGGAGAACUGUCAGUGUCGCGGAAUUGUCGAAUGCCGCGGUGUAAGUAGUACUUUUUACAGUUACGGAUUCACUUUUCGCGAUUCGACUAAAUUACACGGCGAUACCAGUAAGAGUUAUUGCCAUCAUUUUUACAUACAACUGAAAAAUGUACUGCAAUCGACGCAUUUCACAGCAUUGUUCAAAGAGUGCGACGAAUUCCUGUUCACCAUCAGAGAGCCGUUUAUAUGGCUCAAUGUCGCCCUCUGGUCGCUGUCCCUCUUCUACCUCAUCUGCGUAAUGGUUGGCAGACUGGAUGUGCUCCACAUACGCUCACACCUGAGGAUACCGUCGUCGCACAAGAUAACGGCGCAAUCAUUGUUGGCAGCAGCGCAAGUCGGAAGGCUUGCCAAGAUAUCGUAUCUACAACCGUAA